GGUUGUCAAAUUUGAACAAGUUCAAAACAAGUACACAGUAGCGCACUUCGAUUAGUAGCACUUUAAAAACUGCCAAAUUCUUGAAAUUAAAAUGCUGAAUCCAUGUCUGACUUCUAUGCUUAAAUCCAAAAAUAAACUUUAAAAAUGACUUGAACCGGACCAUGAUAUCCCAGAUAUGGCCAGCCUGCACUCUCAAGGUCAUGUAGGUCAAUUUAUCAACGUGUCCGCACACCAUAUUAGAAUUUACAAUCGACUCGAGCCUUUUUUUCACCGAAUGAAUUAUAUUUUCGCAAAUGGCCGGCCCAAUUAAGAUGUACGCGAUGCGGCCGAUUGUGCGGCAUGACAUGCCCGUGACGUUACCGACAUGCAUGUACAGCUUGCCGAUCAUCCAAGGCGCGAUCGACGGCGACGGCGUCGUCACUGCAGCGAAGAGCAACAAUGGCACUACGUCCUCGGCCAGCGUGGAGCUCGUUGGCGAGCAGGUUAAGCAGUUUUUAAAGAAUAAUCAAACAAUGACCAUGGCACUAGUCCAGCAAAGACAAGAAGUGAUUCUUCAACAGUUAGAAGACCUAAAGAAGCAGAUGACUGCCAUUCGAGAUACUUUAAGAACAAGUUCCACCACAUCAUGUGCAGUAAAUGCUAUUAAAGGAAAUGUUAAAAAUACCAGUUCAUGUGAUAGUCUAAAUGUGAAAUUGCUACCAACUGAAAUUUCAAUCAAUGUAAACCCUUCAAACCCACCUUACUUCUUACUUUUACUGCAGAAAAUGUGGAAGAAUAAAAUCACCAUCAAUAUUCAGUCAUACAUUCAUUCUACUGUAACUCAACUGCCUGAAAAUACUCGGGCUUUUGUUCAAAGCAUCCCAGAACCUGUUACAAGUUCAAAUCUGACUUGUUUAACAGUAAGAUUAAUUUGGAAAACAAUUGGAGUUAAUCAGUUGGAACUAACUGGUGCAAGACCUAUCCAGGGGGAAGUCAAUCUACUCCGUUACUUAGCCCGCCUGACAUCAUCCCUAAACUACAACGAUAAUAUCGAAAUGGACUCCUACCUGGACACUUGCUACAACAUCUCGCGAUCCAAGACGAAGUCCGAGCGUUUACCUCUUUUCCAGCGUCUGAACAAAAAGCUAGGCAAGGAAAAGUUCAUCUUUGGUGAUUUCUCCAUCGUUGACAUAGCCGCUUAUUCUGCGAUCAAACAAACUGCCGGAGCGGGCGAAGUCAAUGUUGGCAUGACUAAAUGGAUGAACAAUUGUGAGGCUUACAAUUAAGUUGUUUAAACAGUAAAUAAAUAACUUAUAAAAUAACUUAAAACUAAA